UAUAAGGCAUUCCAAUGACCUGUCAAAUAUGGCGGCUGUAGGCCAAUGUUUAUAAACAUUGUUUUGUUGUCAUUGAGUUUUCAUAUUGUUCUGUUAUAAGUUGAUCUUAAAGUUGUGAGAUUUUUGUUUUCGUGACUGCAUCAAAUGAUUUUUAUAUUGUUUAGAGCUUAUUAGUGGUAUUCUCACGAAAAAAUGCCUUUGACAUGCCUUGUAGUUGAUUGUAGAAGUCGUUUCAACAGGGAUGAUGUAAAAUUCUUUUCAGUGCCUGCGGUUUUAAGCCACAGGUUUCUUACGGAUAAAAACGAAUUGUCUGAAAGGCGUAGGGCACUAUGGAUAGCAGCAAUUAAGAGGGACGAUCUUACUGAAUCGAAACUAAAGAAUCAGAGAGUCUGCAGUAAACAUUUUUAACUUGAAAACCUGCUGCUUUGGAAGAUGAAAAUCAUCCGGAUUGGGUUCCAUCACAGAAAAUGGGGCACAAAUCUCAUAGGAAACAGGCUGAUGUUGAGAGGAAAGGAAGAUUUGAUAAACAGAGGAAAUUGAGCAUUGAACACGCAGAUAUUGAUGUCGAACUUAAUUCAGAGGCCCCAGACCAUGGUAGUAACUUCGAUACUGGGGUUGCAUCUCAGACGGACAUUACUAUGGAAGAAUUAACUUUAAAAUUCGACCAAUUGAGUUUUGCCUCAAAAACGAUAGAAAGACUUGAAAAAAAAAUUGACACAUCGCCAUUUGGUCUCAGAGACGAUCCUAGUAAUGAUAUCAAAUGGAUUUACUAUACAGGUUUUUCGUAUACUUUUGUAGAAGGUAUAUUAUAUAAGAUUAUAGAAGAUUAUAUUCCCACAACAACUAUUACUGCUCUCAGUUCUUUCAAUCUGUUAAUAUUAACUCUAAUUAAGUUAAGAUUAAAUUUACAUUUUCGAGACUUAGCCUUUCAUUUUAAAAUUUCCCGAUCAACUGCUUCAACAUAUUUUGAAAAGGUCAUAGAUAUUCUCCAUAAAACAUUACAGCAGUUAAUAAUAUGGCCUGAGCCUUCAGUGGCCUCCAAAAAUAUACCAUCUUGUUUCCAAGAAGCAUUUCAAGAUAAAACAACCAUCAUUUUAGAUUGUUUUGAAGUUUUUAUUGAAAAACCCGCGUCUUUAAAAACACAGAUGCAAUGCUGGUCACAUUAUAAACACCACAACACUGUAAAAUUUUUAAUAGGAAUUACACCACAAGGUACAGUAAGCUAUAUUAGUAAGGCAUGGGGUGGGCGUACCUCAGACAAACAAAUUGUUGAGAACAGUGGUUUUUUAAAUCAUAUCCCUGGGGAUAUUGUUUUAGCUGAUAGGGGUUUCUUGAUAAAAGAAACUUUAGGAGUUUUACAAAGUAAAUUGGUUAUCCCUGCCUUCCCGAAGGGUAAAAAGCAGUUACAUCCUCUGGAUAUUGAGACUACAAGACAUAUAGCUCAUGUAAGAAUACAUGUGGAAAGAACAAUUGGCAUGUUAAAAAAUAAAUUCAAUAUUUUUAAAGAUACCAUACCAAUAUCUAUGAUAAAAAAGGAAAAUGACCCUGAUGAUUUGAAUAUUGGCGCCAACAGACAAACAUGGCGUAGUAGGCAAACGCCAUAUUGGGUCACGUGA